AGCCGUUUGUGAAAGGAACAGACAUGGUACAUGGGCACAGCUUCCAUCACGUUGUUGCAAGUCUUCUCAUACUUGGGUUGUCUGGGGCAACAAGGAAGGAUACAGCAGUGAAGAACAACUCUGGAGUGAAGCCUGCAGGUCAAUGUGGAACGUGGGUGAAAGAACCAGAAGGAGGUCUCUUCACUUCUCCCAAUUACCCAAACAAAUACCCCCCAAACACAGAGUGUGUUUACAUCCUUGAAGCACCUCCAAGGCAGUGUAUUGAUCUACACUUUGAGGAGAAUUAUUCAAUCGAGUCCUCUUGGGAAUGUAAAUUUGACAACAUCGAGGUUCGGGAUGGACCGUUUGCCUUCUCCCCGAUGCUCGGACGGUACUGCGGUCAGCACAGCCCGCCUGAUAUCAGGAGUAGCGGCCGAUAUCUCUGGAUAAAAUUUGUUACGGAUGGUGAACUGGAAGGAGUGGGAUUUUCAGCAAGUUACAACUUCACUGCAGAUCCGGACUUUGCAGACUUGGGAGUCCCCCCACCUCUGCCCUCCUGUCAGUAUGACAUGGUUGGUCCAGAAGGUAUCGUUGAGUCACAUCAGAUCACCAGAGACGGGAAGGCUGGCGCCACCGAGGCCGUCGACUGUAAAUGGUACAUCCAUGCGCCGCCACGCUCCAAGAUCUACCUGCGUUUUCUCGACUAUGAGAUGGCCAAUUCCAACGAAUGCAAGCGCAACUUUGUGGCAGUGUACGAUGGUGGCAGUUCGGUGGAAGACCUGAAGAGCAAGUUCUGCUCCACGGUGGCCAAUGACAUCAUGCUGGUUUCCACGCUGGGUGUCAUCCGCAUGUGGGCGGACGAGGCCAGCCGCAGGAGCCGCUUCCGGAUCCUUUUCACCACCUACCAAGAGCCUCCAUGUGAUGCAGAUGCCUUCUUCUGUCACAGUAACAUGUGCAUAAACAACACACUGGUGUGUAACGGCAUGCAGAACUGUGUCUACCCCUGGGAUGAGAACCAAUGCAAAGAGAAGAGGAAAGCCAACAUCCUGGACAACCUAAACAACACAAACGGGACCAUAAUUGGUGUCACCUGUUGCAUUGUCCUCAUCCUCCUCAUCGUGUCUGUCAUCGUCCAGAUCAAGCAGCCACGCAAAAAGUACAUCCUGCGGCGUGAGGACUUUGACCCUACCAUGUUCCAAGAGGUCUUUGAGCCGCCUCACUAUGAGCUGUGUACUUUACGGAGUGCCACCACAGCUGCGGCGGCCUCAGCAGACUUAGUCGACCUGGCGGAAGACUUUGAGAACUACCACGCCCUCCGUCGUGCCUCCUCACGGUGCGUCCACGAUCACCACUGUGGCUCCUCUUCCAACCCUGGCUCCGCUCACAUAUCCCAGCUCUCACUCAGUGGCCGAGGAAGCCGCGGGAACUUGAGCAGAGACGCAGCAGCCGCCACUCUGCUCACAGACCUUCCACAGCCGCCCAUGGCAGUGCGGCCCUUGCUACCAUCCACUGGAAACCGCAGGAGCAUCUUGGUCAUGAAGCACAGCUAUUCGCAAGAGGCAGCGGACAAUGGAUGCGACCUGGACGACGACCUGGAAGAAGUUCCCACCACCAGCCACCGGCUUUCACGCCACGAAAAGGCAGUACAGCGACUUCUUGAGAAUAGUGCAAUCCUGGAUCAGUACGAACGGGCGUCACUGACAUAUGAGAAAGCGGAGCGGAGAUUUACACCAGCAUGA